GCGAGGAUGACAAAGGCGAUGAAUAAUCGUUUAUUUUCUUGUUUAGAAUUUUCUGCGCGACAUUUCGUUCUCCCAUUUUCAAUCCUGACUAUUUUUAUUCUUUCCUUUUUUUAUUCUUUUUUAAUUCUCGAUUUUUAUUUUAUUCUUCCCAUUAUCGACAUAAAUUUAUUUAAAUGCCUUCAGAAAAAAAUAUUCAAAUUGAAGUAAAUAUUUAAAUUUAUUUAAAAAAUAUUUUUAAGAAUUUCGAUCCAAAUGCUCCAGAAUUCUUUCCAUCAACUUGUUGUGAGUUUCUGCAUGUUAAGUCCGCCUUAUAUGUUGCUUCCUUUAUCCAAGUUGAUAAAAUAUAAAUAAAAAUUUAAAAAAAUUUUUAAAUUAGCUAGCAUUUGUGUUCUCUUUAACACUUGUCUAUUUAAUACUCGAACAAUCUCAAUUUAUUAAUGCAGUAGAUGUUUUUAGACCGGGAGUUGGAUUUGUUGUUAUAGUCAACUUGGCUGGAAUAUUUUGUGCUGUGGGUUAUUUGAAAUUUAAAACUAUUAUAAUGUAAAGCUGGCGAAGUUCCCUCCCUGCCUAGAAAAUAAAACUUAAAAUGAAAGCGAUCAGUCAGUGGUGAGAUUGGUGAGAAGCGGUUAAUCAACCUCGCAUUGAAACGAUCUCAGUAUCAAGUCCCAUCCAAUCCCUUGCCAUUUUUUUCAGUCAUUUAAAAUAAUUUUAUAAUUAUUUCUGAAAAAUUUUUUAGUUAACCGGUGUAUGUUUACAACGUGACCUUUUUAUUUCUGUCCAAAUUAUGCUCCUUCUGGGACUUGUUUGCCUCUCAGAUUUAUUUGCCUUUAUUUUAGGUAUUUCUAUAAAUCUUCAUUUAAAAUUUUUUUGAAAGUAUUUACAAUGGCCUUCGGUUCGAGAAUUUCACUUGGAAAUUCCUUGGAUGCCAAAUCCUUAGUUCAAUCUGUUUUGGUUAAUGACCAACGUUGGGAAUACUUUCUUGGCCCGUUUUGGCCCUAUUUGUUGGCUAUUAUUUUCCAUAUGACAGCUUGUGCAAUGAUUUGUUUUGUGGCUAUAUAUCGGCGAUAUAGGAAAUUUUUAACGAGAAAAUACGCAGCGAUAUCAGAUUCUUUUACACUACGACACUGA